GUGGUUAGCUUCCUCUCAAUCUGUCAUGAAGAGUUGGACCGGCAGAGUUGUAACUGCUAUUCUGAUUGUAACAGUGACGUCACGUUCGCCUUCCAAAGAUGACGUGCAGAUCAGCUCAGAAGAUGCUAACAGCUUUAUGAUAGCAAAGUCGCGUGUGCCAAGAGGCAUUUAUCACGAAUGUUAUGAGGAGGGAUGUGAUUUUGAGGAGGUUGAAGAAGUGUUCGGUGCCUCACAAAAGGGGUAUGAAUAUUAUUACACCUACACAUGCCAUAAAUUUGGAAAAAACUGCAAAGUACCGUGCACUUUCAGAGAAGACUGUACUUUUGGAAACUGGGGAACCUGGCGAGGAGAGGUAAAUGCUCAGCAACCCGGAUGUUACCAGCAGAUAAGAUCCAAACCAUACAACCAUCCACUUCAAACUCAAUAUCGACGCUUCAGCUGUGGUGGACUCAACAUUUGGUGUCCUCCUUCACCGGUUGAGAAGCGACAGCAAUGUGUAUGUCGAAAGGCCAAUUGCCAGCAUGGAUCUUGGGAGGCGUGGACUGGCAACAUAACAGAGGGAAGUUGUGGGAUGCAGAACAGAAUCAGACCGUAUACUUUGACGUUGUCGUUGGAGCAACAAACUGAGUCUUGUAACUCCGUACCAACCAAGUGUCCUCUUGCAGAGACGGACUAUCGAAAGAUGUGCAGCUGUCCCAAAGCGGAUUGUGCGUGGGAAGACUGGAGCGAGUGGAAAGGCUCUGUCGCACAGGGAACCUGUGGUCAGCAGAAUCGAACAAGAGGGUAUACCAAGUCAAUUGUUUAUGAGCAACAUGUAAACCAAUGUCCAGGCAAUCUCCCUCAGGAGUGCCCAUAGGCCCUCGAAGAAACCCGUACAAAUUGUAGCUGUAAAUAUGCCACCUGCUCUCUUGGCAAUUGGUCAGAGUGGGAACCAAAGGAGCUCCAAGAAGGUCAAUGUGGUCAGAAACAGACGAGAAGGAAGACAUACACCCUGACCUUUAAAUAUCAGAAGCAUGCUGACAAGUGUCCACCCCUGCCACAAUCUUGCCCGGACGACAUCGUCGACAAAAGAAUGCAAUGUAAAUGCAGAUACAGAGACUCGUGCGAUCUCAAACCUUGGGGUGAAUGGGAAAACCCGAUAACAGAAGAAGGGUGUGAAUUGCAGACGAGGACACGCGGUUAUGUUCAUCCAUUGAAACACUCGCUGCAGCAAGACUGCAGAGGCUUGUUGACGUCUUGUGUAACAGAUCCAAAGGAGAGCAGGACAUUUUGUAAAUGCAAGCACGUGGAAUGUGAUCUCGGCGAGUGGUCUGAUUGGAGCGGUCCUUCUUUGGCCCCAGAGCAAUGUGGGAAGGAGAAACGAACGAGGGAGUACGUUGCUAGAGAAAAGUUCAGUUCUGGAGAGACUUGUGAUGGACUUGUCACUUCUUGCCCAGCCGCGAAAGAUGAAACAAGGACAACGUGCAAAUGUGGAUAUGUUACUUGUAACAUCAGCGAUUGGAAUCCUUGGAAAGGUGAAUUACCGAAAGACGGAUGUGCACAACAAGUGAGAACAAAAGAUGUCACCACGACACAACGCGAAAUUUUCCAAGCAGAAAACUGUCAAGGACUUCAGACGAGCUGCCCCGAUGUGCCACCAGAGACAAGGACGUGGUGUAAUUGUUCCUUUAGAGAAGACUGCGUACUGAAAGAGUGGAGUGCUUGGUCAGAGAAGAUUCCGGACGUGGGAUGUGCUGUACAAAUUCGAAAACGUGACUUUAACAAAUCACUUGAAUGGAUUGAAAGAGGAACAUGCGAUGGUUUGGAAUCGUGUCGCGCAAUUCGAGAGGAGACUAGGACCGAAUGUAACUGUAAUCAGAUCAUUUGCUUUUGGGGAAACUGGACGCGAAAGAGUUUCAACGCCGAAACCAAUUGUUAUGUUGAGGUGAGAGUUAAAAAUGAGUCAGGCGGCUUCAAGAAGAUCAGACAGGCUGACAACUGCAAUGGAAUACCAACCCGGUGUAGAGAUGACGAGAAAGAGGAGAGAGAAGACUGUCAGAGCGGAGGACCUGGAGAAAAACCGACCACUCAAGCUCCAACUACUCUUCCUCCAACCACAGUAGCGCCAACUACUGCCGGCACAGUCAAACCACCGACCUUUGUAUACAUUGGCUGUUUCAACGACAAAGGCAAGCAGCCUCGUCCGCUGCCGAUGUUAAUUGCAAAUAAGAGGAAAGAAAUUGAUUGGUACAACCUUAGGAAGACGGUAGAAGCUUGUGCAACUGAGGCGAAGAAGAGCAGAUAUGAAUAUUUCUCGGUGCAGUUCUAUGCCGAGUGCUGGAGCGGAGAAAAUGCAGGGAAAACGUUUGCAAAAGAUGGACCGACUGAUAAGUGUUAUGAAGGGGUCGGCAAGAGAAAGGCAAAUGCUGUUUACCGGAUAGAGAACAUCCCGCCCUGCUCUUCAGAGCUUAGUUUUAAAGCGCGAGCCAGCAGCGGGGAAGUGCAGAAAAAUAACGCCUGGUGCGCUGGAAAUUCUGAAAAGUUUCAGUGGAUAACUGUGGAAUUGGAUGGUGAAAAGAAAAUUUCAGGUGUCGGCACUCAGGGUGCUGACCUUGACAACUGGGUCACGCUGUACACGGUUCAGUGGAGCGAGGAUGGAGAAACAUGGGUUACCUACCAAGAGGAUGGUCAAGAUAAGAUCUUUACGGGAAAUUCAGAUCGAUUCACUUUAGAGACACGCUGGCUGAAGGAUCCAAUCACAGCUGGUUUCCUGCGCUUCGUUCCAAAGUCAUGGUCUUCGACGUACGUUUGCAUGAAGAUAAGGGUUUAUGGCUGCAAUGUGUAAAAAACAAAAGCAAGGAAUCAACCAUACUAUGUA